AUUACAGAAGCCAGUGCAAUGGUGGCCAGGGAACCAUUGCACCAGACUCCAAAGAUGCGGCCGGCUCGAUGUGGUGCACGAAGCGGGAAAGCACCGGACAUUUGUGCUGCUUUGGUUGCGGAGCUGCUUGUUGCCUCACCACGCAGCCGACCACAGCGCCUGGAAAACUCACCGGGCUCAUGUGAGCAAAGGACUCAGGAGCCCCAAGGCCGCGCCGAUUCUUGGAGUGAGACCCAAUCCUCUGAUAUAGCUCUGGAGCUGGAGCUAGAAGACAUUGCUCGGCUGCGCGAGCGUCUAGGCGAUACCAUUUCCACUCAGGAAGUGCUGGCUCAGCAGGUCCGACCAUUCCAGAAAGGUGCCGUUGCAGCACGUCACCCACGCCAAGAUGGGCAAAAGCCAGCAAGGAAGCGUCCGGAUUCUCGACGAGCAAGUGGAGUGUCUCUGCCUUCAGUGGCUGUUCUACCGAAGGCUUUUGGCUUGCAGGCAAGUUUCAGUGUGCAGCGCGCCUUGUGGGCACCACGCCCUAUUCUCACCAGCCAGAAGGUACGGUGCCCAUGGCGGCCAGUGAUGCCAUUGGCGGUCUCUUUCGUUCCUUUGGCUAUGAAGCUUCGAUCACAGGCGGCCUCCACCACGCACACCGCCCGCCCGCUUGGAGAGUUCCAGGUUGGGGAGGCUGUGGAGGGGACCGUUGUGCAGAUCUACUGUCCUGGCGGCAUUUCGGUGGAUGUGGGCUGCUCCGACGUGUUUGCUUUCAUCGAGGUUGAGGAGUUUGCGGAUGGCUGGCCUCAGAACGGCCCAUUCCAGUACAAGCCUGGAGAUCGGAUUUCUGCGCGUGUGUUAGAUGUUAAUCCGCAAGCAAGGCAAGCAAGCUGUGACGGCAUGUUUGUCACCACAUGCAGCUGUGGAUGCACUGAGAGCAAUGAGCAAGCACCUGUGAUUUGGAGGGUGGCCGACCAUGGUGAGCCUGAUCCUCACGGGGAGCAUGGCGACAGUGGCAAGCUUCAUCUGACCAUGCGCUCGGGAACGUUGGAUCGACCUGAGCGCUACAUAGCCGAUACCAGCAGGCCAGCAAAUGUAACUCCUUUCGUUGACGUGGCCCAUGAUGAGUGGAUUUCUGGAGAGGUGGUGAUGAUGUCAAGCUGGGCUGCCUACGUAAAGGUGAUGUCGCCAGCGGGGGAUCCAUUCGUUGGAAUCUUGUCCAGGGAGGACGUCGCAGCAAGCUUUGCCCAGGAAGUGGCUCGCGGUUCACAGGUGGCCGUUCGCGUCAAGGAGGUGGACGUCUCUGGUCGGCGGCUUCUGCUGACCAUGCUCAGUGCCGACCAGAAAACAGGAGAGCGCCAUUUGGACGAGUGGAGUACAUCCAACCUGACUGUUUUUCACAACAGGGCCGUCAUGGAAAAGCCUGACCAUGCGCCUGAUGAGUCUAAGGCCAAGCGCCCUGGCCCAUUCAAAGCUGUUCAGCCUUGGGCUGUUGGCCUAGCUGGCGCCGGGUUGCUGAUGCUCUGUGGUGGUGCAUUCUGGCUAUGGCGGCAGGCUCAAGAGGAGACACGUGCUCUCCACCCGCAUAGCACCUCCUGGCAUAGCCGCGGUGGCAAACAGGUUUUCGAGGGCACGCAGGCCCGAGUGUUUUCUGAGCCGGCGCCAGAGCCAGAGUCUGACUCUCUCGAGGACGUUCUUAGCAAGCUGGAGGGCAGCGAUGACGCGGCAGUGCCACUGCCCCGAAGAUCUCUAGCCACGAAGAAGGAAGAGAAGAGGGCCAAAGCAAAAGACACAAAGAGCAAAAAGGCCGGCGUGCAGCAAGCAGAAAUCGAUGACGAGAAAGCCAAGGAAGUCAUUCGAGAUACCCUGAAAAAGCUAGAGGAAGACGGACAGGGUGGCAAGAAAGGCAGCAAAACCAGAAAGACAGUAGAGAAGCUGAAGGCCCUUUUGGGCGAGGUGGAUGAAGAACCAGAGCCACAAGAACUCUCAGAUGAUCAGCAGUCACAUAUGGACUUUGCCAAAGCUUUGCAAGAGGAACAGAAACGAAAGAUUCAUGUGGAGAUGAAGACUGUCAGGAGUGAGUUUAAGCGCGACUUUGGUACCGACGCCCGGCCACUGCUUUGCAGUGGCUGCAAGUUGGUCGCCUCGCGUCUGAGCAGUGAGUUAGAUACGCACGACGUGCACGAGCAGGAGAGCCCUGCGCAGAUGCUGGCAGCAAAGCGCAGAGCAAUUGACUCCACAUGCAGCAGUUUGCGCCACCUGCAGGCGGUGAAGCCCGCAGAGGGUGAGGGCAUCGCUCGCUUCGAGGCCAGCGAGGUGACCGGCGAGGGAGAGCGUGAGGGCAAGCGCCUUUGUGCCGCGAUCUUGGAGGAGUCGCGGUUCGACAUCCUGGCUAGGCUCAUCCAGAGAAAGAUCCCUGAGAUGCAGCAUCUUGCAGGUGGCAGGACCGGCCACAGCAACUGGGAGCGAUGGCUGUGUGCGGAGCGUAUGCGCUUGUGCAAGCGCAGUGAGGUGAAAGACGAAGAGGACGACGAAAUUGAGCAGGACCUUUGA